UAAAAGAGAGGUACACCUCCUCGAUGGCGCAGUCACAGUCACAGUGAAACCAUACAAAAUGUUCCGUUCAAUUGCCGCUGUUUUCAUCGUGGCCCUACCACUACUUCAAGCCGCUUCUGCUAUCGAUAUUUCUCAGGACAAGAACAUACGCGUGGAACUUACUAGCAACGAUGCUGUACAACAAACAAAAUCGGUAAGUUCCUAUCCAGAGGAACGUGGACCUCUAUUUAUCGGGGACCUCACCGCCGGCCAACGCUACGCAGACGAAACAGUUUUUCGUCGUGUAAUUGAAUUCAACAAUCCUACCAACACGAUUCAAAGCUCAACGUUGGACGUAUCUGUUACGAGCGGAGUAAUCCAUUAUAUCAGUGCUCGAAACGUACAAGGCAGUCAAGCAGUUGUCUGUGGCAAUCCAAACGCCUUAGGAGGAAGCAAAACUAGCAUUAAUCUUCGAGUACCACCGAAUUCCUUGGCCACGUUAAAUAUGGUCGUUGCGGCGCAUGACCAUAAUCGCAUGAUCAAGUCUUAGAACGAUGAUAUCAUGCUAAUACUACUAUGUUCUUGAAGUCAUCGUCGAUCAAAUUGUAUUUCUCUAU